AUGGAUAGGAGCAUCAUGCUCUGGAGAACCUAUGGCGAUUGUGAAAACUAUGGCUUGCUGAACGGACACCGCGGCGCAAUCCUCGACCUUCAGUGGUCCCGCGAUUCUACCAUCCUUUUCUCGGCCUCGGCAGACAUGCAUUUGGCUAGCUGGGAUCUCGAGGCUGGAACGAGGAUACGAAGAUAUGUCGGCCACGAGGAGGUGGUCAACACGUUGGAUGUCAGCAAACGAGGAGAGGAUUUACUUGUGAGCGGCAGCGACGACAGCACCAUUGGAAUAUGGGAUCCGAGGACGAAGAAUGCUGUGGAUUACAUCCAGACAGACUUUCCCAUCACGGCGAUUGCCCUCUCGGAGGCAGGCAACGAAGUCUACACGGGUAGUAUCGAUAACGACGUCAAAGUUUGGGAUCUCCGAAAGAUGACACCCAUCUACAACUUGGUUGGCCACCAGGAUACAAUAACAUCGCUGCGCGUAUCGCCCGACUCCCAAUCCCUCCUUUCAUUUUCCAUGGACUCCACUGCGCGGACCUGGGAUAUCCGACCGUUUGCGCCGACGGAACGGAUGAUUCGAGUUUUCGACGGCGCAUCUACUGGGCUGGAGAAAAACCUCAUUGGGGCUAGCUGGGAUGCCUCCGGGAAACGAUUGGCAGCUGGCUCCGGCGACGGCUCUGUGUUAGUCUGGUCCAAUGACGACGGUCGGUUGUUAUACAAACUCCCCGGUCAUAAGGGGACCGUUAACUGUGCCGAGUUCUCUCCUGGAAAGGAACCAAUCCUCCUCUCCGCAUCGAGCGAUCGAACACUGCUACUCGGCGAGCUAAGGUGA